AUGGCUCACAGUCCAGUCCGGUCUGGCCGAAGUCGUUCCACAGACCGUCAUCGAUCCCGGGAUGAUCGAAGAGGACGGGAAGUUGAUCGUCGAACACGGGAUUUAAGUCGAGAUCGAAGAGAACGGGAGAGAGAUAGGGACCGAAGAAAUUCCAGUCCUAGGAAAAGAAGUUUGGAACGGAAGAGUAGAAGAGAUGAUGGUAAUGGGAGACAUCGCCGAGACAGCAAGGCUGAACGGAAACAUAAGAAAAAGCGUCGUGAUGAGACUUCUGAAGAACGCCGUCAAAGAAAGGCCGAGAAGAAGAGGAGAAAGGUAAUUUUCUUUUAUUGUCUUUACGAAUUUAGGUACCUGUAUAAUAUUUUGGUUGACUGUCUUAACUAUGCAUCGUCUUUAACGUUAAGACCAUAAGAAAUUCACCUUUUCCACUUGUAAUUCUAUUUUUUGUCUCGUUUGUAUCGUCAAGAGUAAUAUAAAUUGUUUUGAGGAAGAGAAGAAAGCCAAGAAGGCCGCAAAGAAGGAAGAUGAUGGAAUUGACAUACCUUCGGAUAUCAACUUGGAUUCGGAUGAAGAGGACACAGAGAUGAAAAAGAUUGAAGAAGCCAGAAAACGAAGACAAAAAAUGCUGGAGGAAUUGGCCAAGAAGGAGAAUCAAAAGUAAGUGAAUAGCAUUUUUUAAUCUGUUUUUAGUGGAAAUUCGGAUGAGAAGUCUACGGCUCAAACUGCUGAGGAAGGGGAGCAGAUUUCUUCUGAUUCUUCAUCAGAUUCUUCGGACUCUUCUGAAGAUGAAGCAGAUCGUUUGAUCGAUGAAGCAAGAGAUGUCUUGAAAGCUGGCCUAAAGAUGACUGGAUCCCCUGCAGGAUCAGAGACCUCCACAGCAGCUUCUUCUCCGUCUUAUGGUACCGACAUACCCCCUGAAAGUCCUUCGGAUUUCUUCAACGAGCUAAAUGAAAAGCAUAGUCGUGUUAAGAAUGGCGGGGGAGUAAGUUUAGCAAUUUUUUAUCGUUUUGACCGAGUUUGAGAUUUGACAGUUUUACCUUGAUCUUUGUUCGUCGGCUCUCCUUUCAUACUUUGCCCAUUUAAAGGUAUAUCUUAAAAAGUUUUGUUUACUUUUUCGUGACGCCGUUACCCUUUCAGGACCCGUUCUAAGGUCUCGAAUGGAGAAUUUCAUAGAGUUUUGCUGUUUGUACUUGAUCCGAAAUUGAUCAACCUUUUGUUUAUUUGUUUGCCUUACAGUGGGAUCUACUAUAAUAUACUAAUGUAUUGUUUAUUCAUCUGGUUUUUACAGCGUUAUGACGUGAUCUUACUAUUGCUUAUUUUGCAGCCAAACGAUCAAGAAAAUGUCAUCGAUGGAAGCCGCAAUGAACAUGUGGAACGGCUGGUUCAGCAACAACAAGAGCGAAUAUCGGCCGAAGAGGAACGGCAACGCAUCGAAUAUGAGAAGAAAAAGGAAGAAGCCAAAGAAAAGGUGCCGGAGAAGGAGAAGAAAGCUGACACCUUCGAUAUGUUUGCUGAGGAUGCGCCGAUCGAGGUAGGAAAUGUUUUGAAAUUGUGGGGGUGGUCAGGGAGAAACUGUCUUGUCGUGCCGUGAAAGGAGGAAGUACGUGGGAAUGCCAGUUUCUAUCGUGCUUUAG